CACUUGAAAAAAUUUUUUUUUUAUUAGAUAGUAUAUUUAUAAAGAUGGCUUCUUCCCUUGAUAAUUAUUUGGAUAUUGAAGUUCUAGUUAGCAUGGGCUUUGAUAAAGAGCGUGUUGAACAAGCAUUGAAUGCAACUAAGAAUCAAGGAAUACCAUCAGCUUUAGAGUGGUUAUUUAACCAUCCUGUUAAUGAAGAGUCUGCUCAAAAGCUUGGCAGUAUCCCAACUGAUGCAAAAUCUUUGAAUCAAUCCACUUCUGAAACAAGUGAACAAGUAUGUGCCCAUUCUCUAAAGUGUGAAGAUUGUGGUAAAAUGCUACGAAGUGAUAUGGAUGUUCAGGCACAUGCUGCAAGGACUGGACACCAGAAUUUUUCUGAAUCAUCUGAGCAUGUUAAAGAUUUAACAGAAGAAGAGUUAGCUGAGCAAAAACUAAGACUGCAAAAAAAAGUUGAAGAACGAAGAAAACUUAGAGAAAUCGAAGAGAAAGAGAAAAAUCGAGCUCAAGAAAUGGCACGCAGGAAAACUGGUAAAGAAUUAUCUCAGGCUAAAGAAGAAUUGGCUCAACGAGAAAUCAAACGUAUUGCUGAAGAAAAACGCAAAGAAAAAAUUGAAGAAAAAAGACUUAGAGAAAAACUUAAAGAAGACAUUGCAAAAGAUAGGGCUGAUUUUAAGGCAAAGCAAAAGACAUCUUUACCUUUGAAAAACAAUUCCAUUCAAUCACCUGUUGUUCUACAUGAGAAAAAAGAGUGUAAUGUUUGUGCUAUUCAAUUUCGUUUAACGAAUGGAGUUACGAUGAAAUCGACCUUUGGUGCUGACGAAACGUUGAGUGUUGUUCGCGACUUUAUUUCCUUAAAUCGAACUGAUGGAAACUUACCAUUUAGUUUAUCGACAUCGUUUCCACGGAAAGUAUUUUGUUCUGACGAUAUGACGAAAACAUUAAGAGAAUUAAAUCUUAUUCCAACAGCAGUAUUGAUUCUUACUAGGUGAUACUUGAUUGAUUCUUAUUAGGUGACACAGGGAGCCUAUUCAAAUGAAGUGGAAAUAUUUUGAUUUUACUGACAAAUAACAAAGUUGUGUUUUUUUA